GCAGUAGCGCUAGAUGAGGACAAAUAAGCGGAAGUUUGUUGUCAGGAAGCCAUAACGUUCAUUGCACGUUUGGAGUGAAAAAUACUCGUCCACGGGCCUACGGAGCGGCGUAAAUUGAAAGAAAAAGUGAGAUUUUGGUAGAAUCAUGGGUUCUUCGAAGAAACACAAGGAGAAGAGCCGCGAGGAGACUGAAGACCGUCGCCGUGAGCACAAGAAACAUCGACACAAGGAACGAGACAGAGACACCUCGGAUCGUGAUAAAGACAAGCGAAAACGAUCCAGAUCAAGAGAAAGGGGCAGGCGGGACAGCCGAGGUAAAGGCGAAAGAACCAGCGGGGAGCCGCGAGUGAAGAGGGAGAAAGUUGACCUUGGAUACCAGGAAAGUAAGGCCGAACCGCAGCCUCAGAGCGCAAGCGGGGAUGCGUCUCUCAGCAUCGAGGAAACAAACAAGCUCAGAGCCAAGCUCGGCCUGAAACCUCUGGAUUUGAAUGAAAACAAGAAAGAAGUUGGGACCAAGGAAGACCCAAUGGUCGCAGAAACCAUCAACCCAAUUGUGAUCCAACAGCAGAAAGAGAUGAGAGAGAAGCUUGCAGCUAUGAAAGAAAAACGUCUUCUCAACAAGAAACUGGGUAAAGUAAAAACCCUGGCUGAGGACGACUGGUUGGACGACACAGCCGCUUGGGUGGAGAAAAACCGGAAGAUGGCUAAAGAAAAAGAAAUGGCAGAGAAAAGAGCCAAACUUCUGGAAGAAAUGGAUCAAGAGUUUGGGGUCAGCAAUCUUGUAGAGGAGGAGUUUGCUCAAAGUAAACAAGAAGCAUAUUCAUCUCGUGAUCUGAAAGGUCUCAAAGUGCAGCACAAGUUGGAAUCUUUCAGUGAAGGUCAGAGCGUCAUUCUGACCUUACAGGACAAAGGUGUACUCGAAGAGGAAGAAGAUGUCCUUGUAAACGUGGGGCUGAUUGACAAAGAAAAGGCAGAAAAGAAUGUGGAGUUGAAGAAGAAGAAGCCAGAUUACAAGCCCUACCAAGAAGAGGAAAGCGUGGAAGACAUGGUCACGUUCAAGAACCGCUCUGUGCUGUCAAAAUACGACGAGGAAAUUGAAGGAGAAAAGAAACAGAGUUUCCGAUUGAGCACAGGUGGCUUUGCGGAUGGGCAGCGAGAAAGGGACCUGCAGUCUGUCAGAGAAGCUCUGCGAAACCAAGCCCAGUCCCUGCAAAUGCCCGUCCUCAACAUUGCAUCAGAAUAUUACACACCUCAGGAAAUGGUGGGCUUCAAGAAGACAAAACGCCGUGUGAAAAAGAUCCGGAAGAAGGAGAAAUCUGCUAUUGAUAUACUGCCUGACGACACUCGCAGUACUGAUUUUGGCUCCAGAACGCGAGGAAGGGGCCGCAAAAACGACGACGAUGUGACGGAAGUAAUGGAGGAUGCCAGGUGUGCGAUUGAAACCCCCCAUGAGUCAGAUGACAUCAGGAUGGCAGAAAUGGACAUGAGCGAUGAUGAAAAUUUCAUCCCGCCCGAGCCAGUCACAAUUGAGGAGGACGAGGCAGAACAAGAACUACAGAAACAACUGGAGAAGCAGAGGAAACUGAAGCAAAAGCAGCUUCUAAAGGACUCUGGCGAGAAGGUUGUUGAGAAGAUUAGGGGCCUCAUUAAAAGUGAUGACGACAACGAUCCAGAGAAGAAAAACAUAGUUUUCAAUGCCACCUCAGAGUUUUGCAGAACUUUGGGUGAUAUUCCCACGUAUGGCCUGUCAGGUAACCGAGAGGACCAAGAAGAUAUUAUGGACUUUGAGCAGGAGGAAGAAAAAGACGAUGCUGGAGGAUCAGACUCUGAAAUUGAUGACAAUAUUGGAUGGAGCUCAGUUAAUUUGGAUGAGGAACAAAAACCAUCAGACUUUUCCACAGCCUCUGCAACUAUUUUGGAUGAAGAACCCAUUGUCAACUCAGGCCUUGCAGCAGCCUUAAAGCUGUGCACGAAUAAAGGCUUGUUGGACACUCAAAUGCAAAAAGUGGCUCGUGUUAGAGCAACAAAGGGCUCCCUGCCCAACGACAACUAUUGCAUCGAAGACAAGAUGGGCUUUGAUGACAAGUACAGUCGCAGAGAAGAAUACCGGGGUUUCACACAGGAUUUCAAGGAGAAAGAUGGGUACAAGCCCGAGAUCAAGAUUGAGUACGUGGAUGAGUCUGGCCGAAAACUCACUCCAAAAGAAGCUUUCAGACAGCUUUCCCAUCGAUUUCAUGGGAAGGGAUCUGGGAAGAUGAAAACAGAAAGGAGGAUGAAAAAGCUUGAGGAGGAAGCGCUGCUGAAGAAGAUGAGCAGCAGUGACACACCUCUUGGGACUGUGGCUUUGCUUCAGGAGAAACAGAAAUCCCAGAAAACCCCAUACAUUGUGCUUAGUGGAAGCGGGAAAAGUAUGAAUGUUAACAACAUCACAAAAUAAUAAACUAGAUGUGUCUAACAUAUAUAGAAUACAGUCACAUGCUAGUGUAUUUCUAUUCCUGUCACGAGUGUUCCCUGAAACCUAUGUAAAUGUGCAACUGUUGACUUGUUUAGCAAAAAUUAGCUCUAAUGUUUAGAAAUCAUAACUUUCAGAAACAUUUAGUAUGAACAUGAUCUGCAGAGGUUUAAUAUUUGCCUUUGAAAAUGUUAAAGUAGCAAAUCAGAGAAAGAAAUUUGAAAAAUGGUAUUUACCUAAUAAAUUUUUAGAUACAAGCAACUAUUGAGCAAUUAUUCAAUAAGUAAAGGCACACGUGCAAGUCUUCAGAUUUACUUGUUGGGGAAAUUAUUGCUUAAAUGUAACGUAUACAAACAAAUUAGUUUUCUGUGUUAUGUAACAUGACCUGUCAAUUGCAGAUCUUAAUGAUUUUCACAUAUGGUUAUUGUAUAAAUGCAUACAACUCUCGAUUCUGUUUCAAAUUUGGAUUUUCUGUUCUUGGAUAGUUGCAAAUAACGGCAUCUGAAAGAAGUAUGUUUUGGAGAUGUAUCACUGAAUAAAUUCGACAUUUUA